AAUCAUAAAGCACCUAAAAUCUCGAUUUCACGACGAACGAACGGAGGAGAACACCACUGGCGUCGCAACGGAGAAGAAAGGAGGGAUGAGCGGAGACAUCGGUGGGCGAUCGAAGAAGCUACUCCUCCUCAUCGUCGCGAUAUCUCUUCAAUCGACCGCAGUUCUGGCUGAUGAUCCAUCAAGUUCAAAUGAUGCAGCCAAGGCAGAGGCUAACCCUUCUAAGUCUGCUAGCAACAUGAGCCGUGAAGUAUUUUUCAUAUGCUUGGCAAUUGCAGGAACUGUGCUUUUGUCGGUUUUUCUUUUCAAGCUUUGGCAGAAAAAGAAGAGGGAAGAGCAACAUGCUCGUCUCUUGAGACUGUUCGAAGAGGACGACGAGCUGGAGCUCGAACUUGGUCUUCGAGAUUAGGAAGCAUGACCAUGCAACUUUGUGCACUAUUGCGGCUGAGGUCAUGUUAUUGGAGUAAACUAUUUCAUGAUGAUCACAGGGUUGUGAGUUAUGUUAGUGUGAUGCUUUCUUCAGGAGUUGCAUAUAUUUGCACCAGCAUUUGAGAUAUAGUUUGUAGUAUUUCACCACUAUUAGCCAGAGCAUUUGCACUUGUUUAGAAGAUAUCAUCGUAAUUAUUCAUUUUCAUGAAUUCAGUGUGUAUGAAGGUCGAAGUUGCCGUAGGUCUCAGUUUGAUAUGGAAUUCAGCUGAUAUCAGAACCUGCUCUGUUGUAUGCAUGUCAUUGUCUUUGGCGUUCACAAAGAAUGUACCAUCAUUUUGUCUUCUAAAAUGCGUCCCGCAAUUAUGUGAA